GUGUUAGUUGAUUGAUUAAGCAGAGAGAGAGAGAGAGAGAGAGACGCCUUCACACCGCAGGCUCUUCUCUUAAAAAGAUCUUUUCUUUUUUUUGGGUCUUCUUCGUUGUGUGAGAUGGCGCAUCAAGACAACUUUGUUCAUCAUCAUAGGUCUUCUAUUGAUUCCGACGCACGAGAUCCUACUUUAGUGACUAUUGAAUUUCUUCGUGCUCGUUUACUUGCUGAAAGAGCUGUUUCCAAGAGUGCUAGAGCUAAGCUUGAUGGACUCGCUGAUAAAGUAGCAGAGCUAGAGGAACAGCUAAAGAUUGUAUCUUUACAGAGAAGAAAGGCUGAACAGGCAACUGCUGAAGUUCUUGCCAUCUUGGAAGAAAAUGGAUACACUGAUGUCUCUGAUGAUUAUGAUGAUUCCAACUCUGAUCAUGAAUGCUACUCUCAGACAAAUUCAGCGUUUGGCAAAAGUUUAUCCUGGAAAGGUCGCAGGAGGGAACCGGCUUCUUUUGACAAGAUCAAGGAGAACCGGAAUAGGAGACAUCUUAGAGGUUUCGAGUCUCCUUAUUUUUCCUCACCGAGACACCGACAAGGAAGAUCUUGUCGGCAAAUAAGACGCAGUGAAUCUAGAAUUGCAUCUGAAGAUUACAAGAGAGAUGGAAACUCAGUUGACUUUCAAGAAAAUGGAGUUCGCACUGAUGUUCUUCCUCAAACGAGUGAAGAAGCAUCCAAAACCGUGGUUGAUGUAACUGCUGUGAAGGGAGACGAAAGUUUGGACAAGUUGUCAAAUUCAAACGGUUUAGACAAGGAUAACACUAUGGACAUCAACUUGGAGAGAGCGUUAGAGAAUCGUGCCCAGGUUAUCGGGUCUUUUGAAGAUAUGGAAGAGACUCAAAGGGAGUGGGAGACAAAGUUCAGAGUGAGUAAAUCAUCUGCCCUGGAUUUAUGUGAUGUAGGAAACCAUUCAGAUGUGACGGAUGAAAGUAAUGGGGCAAAGGCCCAAGCUCAGCUUCAAGAUUCUAUGGUAGUCCCCUCACUCCGUGAUACAAGGUCUAUAGCCAAUGAAGUUGACUUUAGGGAACCGUCUGAAACUUUGUCGCAUGGUUCGCCUGAUAAUUCAGUAACAUCACCUGAUACGUGUUGCAAAAGUUGCGGUUCCAGAUCUGUGGAACAAGAUGAUUCUCCUUCUGGAGACAAAGGAAAACAAAUUUCUGAGAGCCCUAAAAGUGAGUAUUCCCAUUCACAGAGCUGUAAAGGUAUCAAUGAGCAUUCUUCAUCAACUAUUCGGUCACCUCCUGUAACGCAACCAAACUCGAGAGGUGGUUCCUUUUACAGUACUACCACUACUAUCCAGAAAGUAGAGUAUCCAUUAGUUCCGCGGAAAGAGGAGAAGGCUGAUACUUGUGAAACUGUACUCACCGCUCUAAAGCAAGCUAAGUUGUCUCUGCAAGAGAAAGUCAAUAGCUUACAUAUCAGAAAACCUGAUUGUCUCUCUGAAAGCUCAUAUCCUUCAACUCCAGGUGCAUAUAUGAACACAUACACACUACCAAUAGAACCAGCGUUUAGUACUAAACCAUCUCUCCCUGCUUCCAUGGUAGAGUUUCCUGUUGACUGUGCUGGACUUUUCCGUGUACCCACUGUUUUUCCAUCUGAUGCUUCAAAUAGGAACAAUUUUCUAGCUUCAAGUUCUCAGAAAGCUAUUGUUACCCAUAUGCCUGAGAGAGACAUCGCCCUAGUACCUGGAAAUCUCCUAAAUGCUGGCUUCCAAAGCCAAGUAGAAACUAGUCCUCCUUUGUCAGUGGAUGACCGACUUCUGACCACCCCAUACAUCGGUGGACCAAAACUAUGGUCCAGCUUCAGGGCAGAUGGUCCACCGAUGGUUGAUGUUCCAGGAUUCAGACUUUAUAAAGGUACACCAAGAGUUUCAGGCAGUGGAAUCUCUGGUGGAACAUCUGGUUUUGAAGGUAACCAAGUAUCCUCUACUGGCUUCAACUUAGAUAGACGAGCAAGUACAUAUACUCCCGUGAUUCCUAGUAGAAGCUUGUAUCCCGAUUCAGUUCAAAGUAGUAGAGAAUGGUAUUCGACUCCUUAUUACACCCGCCCGAUUGGGCUGCCUCCUACUGGUGGUUCAGAUGAUGGCUUAUUUAGGCGAGUAUGAUUCUGCUGGAUGCUUGUGAUCAAACCUGCAUACCGUUAUUGGUCAUUUUAGAGCGUUGUUGUAUACACUGUUUGUAGGCUAUGUCAGCUUUGUAUGGAUUUGGCAGAAAAAACUCAAAAUACUGUAAAGAGAGAUGCAAAACUUGUGUAUUUGAUUCAUAACUCUGUAAGACUAACCCCAUAGGAUCUUCUUGGUCGUUGAUAAUGUAUGAAAUCCCGUUUUAUUGACUAA